UCAGCAGCAAAUAUUUUGCUGGCAAGUCUUGCGGUGUCAGACCUUUUUGUAGGUUUGCUCAUUGAACCAUUCUAUAUAACAUUGGUUUUAACAAACCCACCGUCUCAUUCUCCAACUUUAAUAGUGUUUGAGUUUCUAAACAUCCUUCUGUGUAGUGCGUCUUUUACCACCACAGCGGCAAUCGGCAUCGACCGCCUCCUUGCACUUCAACUACAUUUGAGGUACAAAGCUGUUGUAACGCCGCUUCGUGUCACCUGGGCAGUAAUCGCAAUUUGGAUAAUCUCGGUUAUCUUAUCAUCUACAAGGCUGUGGACUACCACAAGAUUUUAUCUAACUUUGUCUUCCAUAACAUUUGUGUCUCUAGCUGUGAGUUUUGUUGUCUAUUUGAAAAUCUAUCUCAUUGUCAGGCGCCAUCGAUUGCAGAUAGCACAUCAACAACAACAGCAGCAACCACAACAACAACGGCUCAGUGAAGAAAACAUUUUUCGUAAAAUAAGGAAAUCUGCUGUAAACACAUUUCUCGUGUGCAUUUUACUCAUUUGUUGCUACAUGCCGCAUUCCAUAUUAUUAAUGAACAAUGUUUUCCAGCCUAAUAUUCUAGGAAUAACGUUCAUGAUACUUUUACUCAAUUCGUCCUUAAACCCAAUGUUAUAUUGCUGGCGAAUCCGUGAGAUUGGUACAGCGAUGAAGUAUACUUUUCGUUGUUGUUUUUGAUAACUUAAAUAUUUUAAAAUGAUUUAAGUCCAGUAGUCUUCGGUAGUUAUCAGCAAAUAAAUUGCGUUCACUAUUAAAGAACAAGUUGAAUUCACAGUGAAUCUUUAUCGAAGCAUUUCAGCUUCUGACAUAGUGGAAUAAAUCAUUCAAUGUUUCGGUUAAUCUUUUAAGUUUUAGUUAAGCAUAAAAGUAUGUUUAAAACUGUUAUAUGUUCACUUUUUUAAAAAAAAUGAAUAAAGUAAGAAACAUAUCCAACUGCGUUUCAUUUCUCACGCAGUUCAAGUCUUUCAUAUAAGACUGAAUAAGUCUUUCUUGUUGUUUAAACCUCAAUAACUUUUAUUCAAUUUAGCAUAGUGGUCAUUCACCAAGUUAAAACAUCAUAUGCCGCCCAAAUUCUUUUUCACAGCAAAAUGUAAACAGAAAUGGAAAUGAAAGCUGACAUCAAUCAGCAAAUGACAGCUGCAUACUCGGAUAAAAAGAAUUUCGAGUAUUCCCGCUAGAAUUCGAACCUAGGACCUUCCGGUCGGACGGACGCUCUGCCACCGUGUAAGUAGUUCCAUAUGGCGGCAAAUUUCCUGCAAUAGCACUGGGACAGGAAUAUCGAUAUGUCAGGGAUACUUUUUGCACAAUGACCUCUCGACUGAGGGUCAUGAAAAAAGUAGAAAUAACUACAAAAGGUAGUCAGGACAAAGGUAGCGAGAGACUGGCGAGAGCUUUUCAGAACAAACAGAUUAAAACAAAGCAAGGCCAAAGAAAUCUCAGAUUGCGAUUAGCAUUCAAUUGAACAAUGCUCUGAAAUGCACACACAUUUUAAGUCGGAAUAAUCAAUCUGUAAUUUACCACAUAUUAUUGACUUUAACUGAGAGAGGUUGCCAAUAAACUUUUGGUUUGAGGGGUUGGGAUUACUUUGGUGAAAGCUUAUUGAAAAUUCUGUGUCUACUAAGAGGACUAGAGUUGACGCUCAUUAACUCAAACUCUCAAGGUUUAUCAAAGAGUGAUGGAUUUGCAAAGGUGAAAACUGACACUCAAAUUACAAAAAUGGAAAUAAAUAAAACACUUCGGUCUAUCAAGAGUUGGAGUCUUAAAAAGUCAACUGUAUAUAUUAAUUAAGUGGGUAGAAACUUUGCACUUCAAACCUCUGAUUUUCUUAAGCGUACUAUUUCACACGCUCAGAGGGGCUUGGGAUGCGGAAAACUUUUUACUUUAACAAAGUGUCACUUAAACAACUCAAAAAAGCUCAAUAUAACGGGUUCCUAUCAAUUAAAAUUUGCGUGGUUAUUAAACAAGUCUGGAAAUUUCAGGUAAAGAUGCAAAAUACAAAUUAUCUGCCCAACAGGUUUAUUUAGGAAGAAAAAUUUUCACUCGUUGAAAUCACAUCCUUACUUUAUCAUUUUGGAUACUGAUGGCGAGGCUCAUGGAAUGUUUGAUUUGAAUUGCAAAUAUCUUUCCAUUCAAUAAUUAUUCAUUUCAGUUCAAUCAGUAUCUACACACGUGGUGCUCAGAAUUUUGCUAGUCUGCUUGGUUGAAGUUACUUGCCCUAAAUAACAGUUUUUGGUCAGAAAAUUCGUCGUUACAAGUCCCAAAUGCUCAUAGUAUCUGAAUAAAUUCAAUAUUUGGUAUGAAACGAUAUUGACAGUAUCUGAAUAAAUGUUGUAGCUUAUCGGUUAUAAUUACCUGCAAUCAGCGUCAGAAUUAGCCGACACUUGUUUGAAGAGUUAUAUUUAUGUGCACAGUAACACUCCUAUUUUUACCACUUUAAAUAAUUGACAGGACUGUUUACAAUCUUAGACGAAAUUACUUUAUGCUCAGCAAGCUCUGAAACCGAUCCCUUUAUAAAGACACUUGUUUCAAGGCAAUACGUUAUGUGUCGAUAAAUUCGUAGCUUCAACUUCACCCCCCCCCCCCUUCGGCAACCCCCUAGCCUUUGAACUUAAGAAGAUUGAUUCGUUCCAAUUCUCGUCACGGAGGCCAAAAUUGCGUUCAAAUGCCCACUCAAAGAGUAAUUUUUUUGGAACGAUUCUUUGUUUGCAAUUGAUCAACAAAUUUUGCAGAAUUCAAUUAGCAAAGCCACGCGUAUCAGCUUUCGUAACCGCUUUUGGAUAUUGCCUAGCCCCUCUAAGCAUCAUUCCACGAUGUAAACAUUUUCCUUUAAGCUAUUUACUCGCGAAAGCAGACUCUUUACUUUUAACUUCCCCCAUAUUUAAAUUUGAAAACAUGCGUAUUCUUGCUGGUUCAACCCCCACCCCCACGCAAUGUUCGAAUUCCCCACCCCCGGGCGCGGACGACAGUCAAAUGCCUGUGGGUUGCCCGAGGGAGAUGUUGAGGCUUCCAAUUGAUCAGCACGUUCUGGGGCAUCUACUGUGUCGAUGCAUCCCAUUCACACGUUUAUCUUUGUGAUUUUUUCAAGGUCUUGUUGCAACAAAACAAACCAAAAAGUGACACUUAAACGAGUGUUGUGAGCAGGUUGGGGAUAAAAAUGUUUGAAUUCUCUAAACGUCACCUUGGCAAUGAUAUUUGACCUCGUGUGUGUCUCGAAGAAUCGAAAGCUAAAUAAAAUGACGGUUACAGUUUUUGAUCAACACGCUGUAAAGAUGGUUGAGAAAGAAAGACACGGAAAGGUUUAGACUUUGACAGGGCACCUUAAUAUUUAACGAUUUAUUAAUUUUGUACUAAGCCUCAAAAGUCAUCCAGGAUUGCAAUGUUUUUACUACACUACGUUAUGUGAUUCGUCAAGAAAACUAGCCUAACCCGCUCAACCAAUCAGACGCAGAAUUGAAACCAACCGCGUCUCGGUAACGCACGUUUUCCCGCCCUUUGGGCAGUUUGCUUGUUUUCACUUUGAGUUCUCGUUAGCCGCUUGUAAUAUAAUCCUUCGCUCUGAUUGGCGUAAUGAUAAGUAUGGUUGAGGUUUUACGACACUCGAUCGAAAAGUGUUUCGAGUCGCCUAGAAGUAACAUUUUCGGUUCUGUCAACGUGUUGAAAAGGUCACGUAUUUAAAAUUUGCUUUGGCAAACGUUGGGAAUUGAGAGAAAUUCGAAAGAAAUAGAUUUUGGUGCAAUCAAAAUUAUUUCUGCCCAAGGUGAUGAUUGUGUCACGAACUAGAUUUAAGCCAGGCGCCGAAAAGAGAAAAAUAAAGCUUUGAAAACCCAUUCUGUCGUAAUGUAGUAGUCAACAAACUGAAAAUAGCUGAUCAGUGCAUUCAACAGUCACCCCCCAAAAAAUCCUGGAUUAAAAAGAGUUGAGGUGAUUGUUCUGAAGAAAUUAUAGAUACAACUUGUCAAAGUAACCGAUCAUAAUUAUUGUUGCAUUAAUUUCAUUGCCGUUUCUUUCAACUUGUUGAAUAUUUUAUCGCUUCCUUGAACUAAAGUGGAGAAGGAAUAUUAGGAAAAGGAGUACAGAGAUAUUCAGUACCAUAUUUUCUUUAUCACUGAUGAAUAUUUUCACGUGAACGGCAAACUUUGUGCACUUUUAAAAUUCAAUAAAAUCUGAUUUUCUGGAUCAGUUUUGUAGUUCAAUGCAACUAGCUUCAAAACUGCUAACUUGCUUCGUCAUGAAUUUAAACCAAGAAAAAAUAAGGGGACUUUAUUUUCUCUUGAUUUGAACACAAUACUUAAUAUUCCUUCGUUUGUUAAGAUUUAAUUUAUCGUAACAAGAGCCGUAACAGAAUCCCAUCAAGAAGUUUAUAAAUGAUACAGAUGGAUGCAGAGUGCAAGUAGAAACUGAAUUUUCUAAAGGAGCGCUUAGUGAUCACUUCGCUGAAGAGAAUACGCGGAAACAUGUCAUUGAAUUAUUUCUUCUUUUUCUUUCAGAUUUGAACUUAAGGUGAUGCAAGAAGAUUCGAGACAUGUAUUGAAUUAAAUAAAGUUUCUCAGACCUUCUCUUUGGAUUCAUGAGUUAGAGAAACAUAGCGUGCUGCAGAGCCAUGAUUGCGUCAAAAACCAUCGAUUGCAUAAUUUGCGCUUUUGAAAGGCCUAGGUACAAUUUGAAAAAAAAAAAGUAGGUCUCUUUGCAGGAAAAACUUUUAUCAAAAAACUCUUAAAUCUUUAGGUGGGAAAUCUGUCCAUAGAAAAAAAAUGGUGGAAUGGUGUCUGAUGUUGACCAAAAAAUAACCAAGUCUUUUGGCGGGAAAAAAUCUCACUUGAAGCGAUUGAUUUUCUCCCAUUAAAAGUUCUGUAUAUUUUUUGUUUUGCACCGGACGCUGUUCAAAUCCGCAGAAUUUUUUUCCUCUCAGUAACCCUCCAAACGCAAAAUUUUUUUAAAAGAGAUAGCCUAUAUUUUGACUUGUUACCAGGCCCUUUUAAAAGCGCAAUUUUUUAUCAUUUUUAAGGCAAUGAAAGAUAAUAAAGUGAAAACACAAAUCUUAUUUGCUUGUAAGUUUUAUUUAUUUCUAUUUUUACAACUCUUUAUUGACAAGUGAAAGUGUUUACAGUUGAUAAGCAUAAAUGCAUUAUAGCUAAGUAAAUUUCAACGGAGAACUAAGACAAAGUAAUAAAGUCUGAAAAGCGCCAAGAUUAAUUUAAGAUCUCGAAAAACUUAAUAAAAAGACUAGAAUAAGUCUGACAAGCACUAGGAAUAACUGACAUCGUUGGAACAUUUUCAAAUUUCCAAAGACAGUUGUUGAACUGAGCUACAAUACAACAUGUCUGAUAUCUAUCAAUGCAUUAGAAAUGCUAAAAUUUUUGAUGAGAAAGUCAAAUGGCAAACAGGAAAAAGCAAAAAAAUCUUGCGACGUAGGAUAAUUACAAGUUGCACAAAAAAAAUCUCUCGCUUUUGGUGCUUCUAAUAAACUCAACCUAACCUUUUGCCAAAUUAUUUUAGGCUACCGACGAAAUCAGUUUUCAAAAAAAAGUAACUUGGGUGAAAUUGUGAAUUUUCCUUGACAACAUAUGAUUAAUUCUUAAUGAGACUAAAAUUUGUAAAGCGGUGUUUUGGUUCGGCAACAGCAUUUUGAAUUUGUUUUACAACAAUCCUGUAGCUACUCCCGAUACGAAGUUGACUUUGCUUGGUUAUAGGUUUUACCUCUAAUAUUAAUUUCCAACUGUCUUUCCUGUUCAAAUUUUUCGAUCUUUUCCUGUUUCACCUUGCUUGUGUUUGGCUUCAGCCACAGACGUUAAAAGAACUGCAAGACAAAACAAACACACUUGUUAAAAUACGCAAGAACAAAACUUGCUUACAAAAUAAAGGUGAUCAUCAUGAUAUGGACACUUUUUCUCCGCCUCUCUAGCUGUUUGUUCAGAGUUGACGAUCACCACAAGAUGACAUUUUCAUUCUGCGUGAAGCGUUGAGGUCUUUAUUAUCUGCGUGUUAAAGCACUACUAAAAACCUUUUAAAACCCAAAGAGUGACCAGCUUCUAGUUUCUCCUUACAGGGAUACUGCUUAAUCAUUCAUUAAAAUCAUGCAAGAGAAUAUCAACUGUUUAUAUUGUCUUGAAUCCUGAGAAUAACGGAAAUGAUCGCAAAACCCAUGAAGCUUUGAAUUCUCCUUACGAGUACCUCAGGAAAAGUAUAGGGAAGAGUAUGGAGAAGAUGGAUACUGAUGUUGUAAAGGGUUCUCCUUAUUAAUUUCAAGAGAUUAUAACCUCUUGUAUAAACUCUUCAUGGUGGCCAAUUUACUUUAUCAACUCAUGAAUAUGAAAGCGAUCUUAGCAGUUAUGAACACUACUUAAGCAGUAGUGAAAGGAAGGCCUGAAAAAAAAAAAAUUCAGGCUUGUACGGGAUUUGAACCCAUGACCUCUGCGAUACCGUUGUAGUGCUCUACCAACUGAGCUAACAAGCUAACUGUGUUGGUUGAUCAAUCCAAAUGAUCAGGCGAGAACAAUAGUUUGCUUUAGGAACGACAACUUUGUUUUAGAAUUUUAUGAGGUUAUGCGAAAAUCUUUCCGCGGUCGUUUCUCGUGGAUGAAAAUUCGUACGAGUGUGAACUGCAAAAUAUUAUUUUAAUAAAACUAAGGUGUUUCUAAAUUUUCAAGCUAAUUAAUUACGUCGCCCAAAAUGGUAUGAUAAUCGGUCUCUGCCUCCAUCAAAAAAUGUGCGAACAAAGCGUGCGUCACAUGUAUUCGAAGAUUUAGAACGACGUGAUCGGAAGACACGCCUUCCCCUUGCGCUUAACUUACGUAAACGCCCUUCAGAAUUUACGAAACUAAUGACAAUUUCCUGCGCUGAAAUAACAUAUUCUCAAUGGCAUGCAACAAGGUUACUUAAAUUUUUGGGAUGAAAAGUUAGCGUCUCAGAACAAUUAAGCUGAUUGUUCGCAAUUUUUAACGCGUGGCAAAAAUUUUGUUUGCAUUCCGAUCAUUCUUUAUCGGUGGUGCCGGACGAAAUGUCAUCUAAUACAAAUUAAAAUACCGUCGCUCAUUACUUUCUUUCAUAUGAAUGAUUAAAUCAUCUUGAAAAGUUGGGAAAAAUUGGAAAAAUAUUUAAGAAUUUCUAAGAUUUAUCGCAAAAGCUAGAAACGGCCAUUAGAGUUUUAGAUAAGAUUUCUGCACAGCCUCAUCCUAGUCUAAAACAAAGCUGUAGUCCCAAAAGCAAUCGAUUGUUCUCGCCACUGUUUUCUGUCUCCGAAAACUGUAUGCAUAAUGAAGCUUGGGGCUGUGCAGAAAUCUUAUCAACAUGUUUAUUGAUAAUUUCCUAUUUUCUUUCGAACGAAAAUUCACAAGCUCGAACUAUUAAAACUUAAAAGUGACUAACGAUCAAGAGAAAAGUUUAAUUUUUAAAAUGUUUCUCAUCAUCUUUUACCGUACAAAAUAAUCUUUUUUACUCUUCAUUUUAAAUGAUCUCGUUGCAUUUCCUUGACUUCUUAGCUUUUAAAAUUUCAUUGUUGUAAUUUUCCAAAUUACAGAACAAUACAACUCUUUAGCUUGUAAGUGUUGUUUACCCAUUUCCAGUCAUAUGAUAACACCAGAGACCUUAAACAAACCACGACGGCGACGGCAACGAGAACAUGGAAAAACAAAAGAACUAAUGGGCAGAACAAUAGCUCGGCACGUGCGUUUUAAAACUUUGUACAUUUCUUAGCCGUCCCGUGCAAAACAACAACGUGAAAUCACUACAAUUUGAGUUGUCUGCGAACCGAAACCGCGACGGUAAAUUAUUUUAAUUUCCAUUUGGAACUUAACGCUUCUUUUAUACGUUAUGCUGAAGUUGAGGUGUGGUGCCGUAUGAGAUGGUAAACAAAUGCAGCCAUUUUUGAAAUUCUAAUUACAGGCAGAAAUUCAUUUUUUAAUCGAGGUCUUCCUCAGCAUUGCCGUCCUGACUGCUUAAGUUCCCUACUACAGUUAGAGAACGGCUUCUUUCAGAUUUCCUCUUAUUUACGUGCAUUUGUAUACGCAUGAUUCACCAUGAUAGAGAAUUCCCUUGGAAUAGGUAAAAACAUGCAAUCUCAAGAGGUCUAUCAAAAGAGCCAUAAUGGCUUUCAAACAAACUAGAAUUUGUAAAAUUAUUUUCCACACGCAAUGUGUUACGGGAAAAUUUACUGAUUUUCCCGUGUGUGUUAUUCGGAGCAUAUUUAUUCGUAAACUUUUACAUUUAACCAUUUCAAGUCCUUUCAUUUCAAUAAAUCAAAAAUAUGCAUAAAAAUCACAGUAGCUUUUGAAUAGAUUUUUGUUGUUACUCGCUUUCAUCAUAUGCACUGGUUGUCGGCACUUUUGUUUUUUAUUUCAUGGUUUUUUUAGGUAAAUAUAAGUGUUAAUGGUCUUUCUGGAAACAUUGGUUUUCAUGGUAGAUAGCAGCUGAGUUUAAACGCGUAAAUUUAAUUUCUUUUCAUGCGAUGGUUUCCAAACCAACCUUGCAUAAAUAAGCAGAAACUUUUAAUUGCUUUUCCUUUUUUUUAUUUCCUGAGCUGCGCUACUGCAAUUAAGAUAGGUAUUGUUUUCUAUAUCAGAGCUGUAAAUUCGCACCUAGGUUUCCUACUUUAAUGGCCUAGAGUUUAUUGCAUCCGUCUUUUUAAUUUUGUGGUUCUUUCCGUCGUAGAAACAGAUGGAAUAUUUAAGUAGUUUUCGUUUAACUUCAAAGAGAUAUUUUUCCGCUCCUUUGUGUCCUUAUUCAAAUAUUGCGAUUUGUGUGACGAGUUUCCGUUCUCGCUGCCGAGUCGUCUCUACAGAGUUAUUUCCCCCAGUUGUUAUUGUUCCGUCCGCGAAGUGUCAGUCCUCCAGUUUUGGGGCGGAAAGCUUAUCGUCACAAAUGAAAACUUUCAACUGGUCUCCACAAUUAACCCAUCACUUAACAAGCUAUUUUUGGCAUAUUUGUUCAACUGAGAUUUUCCACAUACAUUGAUAUAGCUACAGGUUCUCAUGAAGAGUAACCACAUGUUUAUGUUAUGAACCUGUUCUUUUAUUAUUAUUAUUAUUAUUAUUAUUAUUAAUUUUUUUUAAAGAAUGUCUCUUACCUUAAUGCAAUUCUUUGCUUUCGUUCCCUCUCUGUCUCCUCAUAUGCUUUGUUAUUAUUUAUCUUUAUGGCAGUUCAACUAAAACGUGCAAAAAAAAAUUACAGUUAAAAUUGUCUUGGCUCCAUGAGUUACACAAUACUGGUUUAAGAAUUUAAACGGUUCAUGUUUUUAUUAACGUUUUUACCCCUAAAAGUGAUAAGCAUCUAAUUUCUCCUUACAGUAUCACCCUUGAAUUAAGGAUUUAAGUCAUUAGAAUCAAGGUGCUGAUGACGAGGUCAGGAAGCUCUUGAUUAUCAAGCAAAUUCUUUCAUAGAAAACGUACAGAGAACAGUAUGAAGAAAUUGAAAUACUAAUGUUUUCUGCAUUACAACUAGGGAUCUUUCAAUGCACCACUAAGCGAAAAAUAUGCGUUACACUAAACUUCUUCCUAGCCUAGAUGAACUGAUACAACUAAUACAAACUAACUGAGAAAUUUGCUAUUGAAAUUAUGAACGGAGACCUGAAAGCGGCACUGGUUAUGAAGAACUAGUCUGAGACUCUUCCAUCGUUCCUAUAAAACUGUCUCAACUUUAUACAGCGCCGCUCAAAAACUUUCAAGUUGAAUUCAUUCUCAUUCUUACCUCGUUUUUGUUGCAAAAAAAAAGAAACAGUUUUGUGGUGAAAGGUCAAUCCAUGUCGGUAAAGCCUGCCAGCAUAAGCAAAGAAACUCCUUAGUGUUUCUGGCUCCGGCAUUUGGACGUUAAAUUUCCGUGGCGUGAAACAGUUCAGACCACGAGGAACCAUAAAAUGUAAAUGAGCUGAAAAAUUUACACGUGCAAUGAAUUUAAUUGAAACUGAAGAGAGCGAACCUGAGAACGAGGUUGAAGAAUAUUUGCAUGGCGAAGAUUCUAGAGUUGAGAUUGAAAUAGGUUAAGUUAAGGCUUAUUCAAAGUUGAUUUCUUAUGUCCACCUAACGGACUUUUAUCAUAUAAAUUUGUGAAUUUGAAGAGAGGACUGGUGUUAAUUUUUCAAUCACGGAUUUUCUUAAUUCAGUUAGAUUUGGUCUUUCAAUUUUCUUCAGCCUUCAGAUUAAAUUACAGAUUUUUAAUUAAGACUUUCAAGAAUAUCGUUAUGCAUUGCUGAAGUAUGAACAAACAAGCCUACUGCCUGUUUCUUCUCAUCAUGUACAGAGGGCGUGUAGAUUAACACAAAAAUAACUCCUUUUCCUAAAGAUUGUGCCUUGAUUUUGCGUUCAAGGUUACAGAUUUCUAUAGAAUUCGAAAUUGGAAGUGUUAUGCUGCGUUGGAUAGCUACUUUAACGAACGUGUACCAUUUUAAUCAUCAGCUUUUAACACUCGUAACGUUAAUAUAAUUGAAAUCCAAUAAAAUAAUUUGAGCUCAGUCUCUUCCUGAAAAAACAAACAUGUCCUCUCCCUUUAUCGAUAUUUUUUAAUCAAAGAUGCUUGUUCAUUGAGAGCGACGCUAUACCUUUCAAUCUCGGUUUUCGUGUUUUUUGCAAACUUUCAUAUGCAGGAUGCGCUAAAUGGCUGCUACAUCGUCGAUACCAGCCGCCGACAAUUUUCAAAAAUUUAGAAACUAGCACCAUCUCUCAUGGCCACUUCCUUAACAGUGUGAAACAGAUGAAAAUAGUGUAUUUUAAAUCAUAUCUCUAAAAUGCGAAUGAAGAUACUUGUCGAGGGAGGACCAUGACAAACUGAAGAUAAGAAUGAAACAAGCCACAGACCUGGUUCCAUAAAAUACUUUUCUGUAUUGGUUUGCGCUUCUUUGAGGUCACAUUCGAAAUUGAAAGCCAAUCCAGCUCCGUGGAUGAUUUUGUUAAGAGGAACCUCUUGUCCUUAUGAAAACCCCAUGUCAACUGCAAUAUAAAUUUAAAUUAAGUUUACUUUUUAACUGAACACAAAGCACAAAGAAGGAGAACGUUGGAGGUUAGCUAUGAAUAUUUAAAUGUCCCUUUCCAUAUUUUUUAAAUCACAUAUACAGUGGUGGGAAACACAAACAGCCCAAGAAAAAGUAGGGCUGUGAUGAAAGCAGACGUGAUGAUUAAUGCAACGCAGUCCUCCAACAAUUAUCAACACAACAGUGCGUCGAAAUUCGAGAAAAUCUCCGACUUCGUCAUAGGAUUAGAUUACGAAAACAGACUUCAUUAUGUAAUAGCAUUUUGUGCAGUGAAUGUCAUCUUCUGUAUCACUGCUUCCUUCGGUAACAUUGCGAUUCUACUGGCUCUGUGGAGGACGCCUUCUUUACAUUCAGCAGCAAAUGUUUUGUUAGCAAGUCUUGCGGUUUCAGACCUUUUUGUGGGUUUGCUCAUUGAACCAUUCUAUAUAACAUUGGUUUUAACAAACGCAACGUUUCAUUCUCGAACUGUAAUAGUGUUUGAGUUUCUAGGCAUCUUUCUAUGCACUGCGUCUUUUACCACCACGACGGCAAUCGGCAUCGACCGCCUCCUCGCACUUCAAUUGCAUUUGAGGUACAAAGCUGUUGUAACGCCGCUUCGUAUCACCUGGGCAGUAACUGCAAUUUGGAUAAUCUCGGGUAUCUUAUCAUCUACAAGGCUGUGGACUAACGAACAAUGUUAUCUAUCUUUGUCUUCCAUGACAUUUGUGUCUCUAGCUGUAAAUUUUUUUGUCUAUUUGAAAAUCUAUCUCAUUGUUAGGCGCCAUCGAUUGCAGAUAGCACAUCAACAACAACAGCAGCAGCCACAACAACAACAGCCCCGUGAAGAAAACAUUUUUCGUAAAAUGAGGAAAUCUACCAUAAACACAUUUCUCGUGUGCAUUUUACUCAUUUGUUGCUACAUGCCGCAUUCCAUAAUGAUAAUGAGCAACGUUUUCCGGCCUAAUAUUCUAGGAAUAACGUCCAUGAUACUUUUACUCAAUUCGUCUUUAAACCCAGUGCUAUAUUGCUGGCGAAUCCGUGAGAUUGGUACAGCGAUGAAGUAUACUUUUCGUUGUUGUUUUUGA